AUGCGAGACGACGACGAUAACGAGCCCACAUCCCAGCUGAACGAGCGUGCGAACGGCAACGCCCACCACGGAGACGAGCACCCGGCCGAUGACCUCGAUGAGCUGGCACCGGCUGGCGAGAGCACGGCCGAGCAGCGUCGCGCGAGGGAACGGCGGCUCAGGGCACACUACCGCAGCCUCGGCCAAUCGGUACAAGGUACGGUGCCGUGACCAAUUGGAUAGGAUCCCAAACCCACGAUGGCACGCUGCUGCCGCCCUUGCGGCUUCCUGCGCGCUUUGCUGAGUGCGAUGUCUGCUGUGCGCGACGCGUCCUCGCACGUGUCGGCGCACGCGUCGCGGGCGGAUCGCAUUCCUCGACCACGUCACCCACGCCUAGAUUCAAUUCGCUGAUCAACACCCACCGUCAUAUCCUGCUCUUAUACAGAAUCUCGAGACAACAUCAACGAUACGACCGUCGACUCGCUCGGCAAGCAGGUCGAACGUGCCAACAAGCUCUUCAGAAAUGGUCAGCUUCCUCAUGGCCACUGCCCGUCCCUAAUCGGCUUGCGCGGCACCCGUGACUGAGUUCAUUUUUUUUUUUUGCUGCACUGGCCACAUCUUUGUACAGUCACCGCACCGUCCGAAGCCGUUCUUGAUUCCCGUGUGCUCAUGGCCGCCUCGGACGCCGGAGCGCUCAAGGCCCGCCAACUCAAACUCGACGCCGACGCCUUCGAUACCGAUCAGUUCCUUCUCAAACUCGCUCACUUCAUGGGAGGCAGCGUCGUGGCACUCAAUCAGAAGAACAAGGGCAAGGGGAGGAGCCAGACGCAGGACGAGGACAGGGCCGCCACUGAAGGCGCCGGAAGACCGUUGCGGUGGGGCCGAGUCGGAAGGGUUUUGGCGAGUGAAAGUCGGAGGGCCGUCGUGAUGGAUCUCAUGUGAGCUCUUGCCCCCUGUUCAGGCUACCUCAACAAGGACCGAGGCAUGGUACUGAUCUCUAGCCCAUUGUGCCUGGAUUUCGUUCGUCAGGCUCGGUCCGCUGGCUUUGGAAGUCAAGGAAAAAAAGGCUCGAACACAGCGCGCAAGGCAAAAGGUCGACGAAAGCCAACGUGUUCGACCCGAGGAAGUAAGUGACCGCAGCUCAUGUCUGUGCCUUCGAUGAUGUGGUCCUGGAAGCGGCGACUGAUUGCCACUGUCUUGCAGUUGCGUGCCGAAGAUGUCGAAAAGGACAAACAAGCGACCGACCGCAUGAUCUCCGAGGUUAGCGACCGAUUCCCUCACUUGGUGCGCUUCGAGGAGCUCACUCGUGGGCCGCACUGUCUUGCAGAUCGCACGGAUCCUGGACGCUUACGGCGGAGAAGGGAUACCGUAUCUCAGCUUCGUCCUCAACCCGCAUUCGUUCGCACAAUCGGUCGAGAACAUCUUUUACUUUUCGUUCCUUGUUCGCGAUGGAAGGGCCUGCAUCGAGGAAGAAAUCAACGAAGAUUCCAAGCAUUUUGGAGAGAUCAUCUGUUGUACGUUCGCGCAAGUUCGCUGAGUAUUUAGGCCUCGUAUCUGGCCACUGAUAGGCUCUCAUUGCUCUCUUCGUCAUCAUAGACAGCUGCGAAGCGCCCGAUGGGAACAACGACGCCGAGGGAAGCAAAUCGCAGUUCGUGUUUGAGCUCACGCAAGAGCUAUGGAAGGUAAGUCGCCGAAUGCAUCUUUCCCUCGCCCGAAGGAGCCCGAACUCAUGGUCUCGCGCGCUAUCUCGCAUGUUGCCUCAACAGGAAGCGAUCGAUGUCUUUGAUGUGCAGGCGUCAGCGAUUCCCCAUCGUGCCAAGUUCCAGGAGCAGACGAACGCCAAGUGGCGGUGA